AAAAUCUUAAUUAUAAAAUAUGGCGGGAAGAGAAGAAAGAAAUUAAAAAUUCGAGUUUCCUCUUAGAAAGAUAUAAACAGCGAAUCAAAAGAAUUUUAUGCUGAAUAUCUUGCCGUGGCAUCAAAUUUUGUUUUCCAAUUUUGUAAGGGGUGCUUCGAGGAUAAAUCUUAGAGUGUUGUCCUCGUCUGACAAAAUGCCACCCAAAAGAAAGGCAAAGAAAGAUGAUGGAAAGACCCCUGCUCCAGAAGAAGGCAGUGUCGGAGACACAGCUCAAGAGGAUAAGCCAUCACCCAGCAAAAAGCAGAAAGUAGAUGAAGAAGAAAAAGGAAAGAAAGGUAAAGGAGGGAAGGGAAAGAAAGCUCCGCCCAGGAAGGAGGACACCAUCGAGACACUCCCUGAGGGAACGGACACCUCAUUCCCGACCGAGGUCAACCCCGAAGCCAAGACUGCUGACGGACGGAAGUUCACCCUCAAGAUUGCCUCAUGGAACUUAAAUGGAAUCCGGGCGUGGUAUGAUAAAGACAAGAUGUCGUACAUCAAGGAGUCAUCGCCCGACAUCCUCUGUGUACAGGAGACCAAGUGUCAGGAGGAUCAGCUACCCACGGGGGUGCUGGACAAGGACUACCACAUCUACUGGUCACCCGCCGAGAAAGCGGGCUACGCUGGCACUGGGCUCUACAGCAAGAAGAAGCCCAUCAAGGUCACCUACGGGCUUGGUAUACCUAAGCAUGACGAUGAGGGGAGGGUUAUCACUGCCGAGUAUGAGGACUUCUACAUGGUGAAUGCAUAUGUGCCAAAUUCUGGUAAAGGUUUGGUUCGUCUGAAGUACAGGACAGAGGAGUGGGACUGUGACUUCACUGAUUACCUGAAGAAGCUGGACGCCAAGAAGCCAGUCAUCAUGUGUGGGGACCUUAACGUGUCCCACACUCCUGUAGAUCUAAAGAACCCGACCAGCAACAGGAACAAGACGCCGGGCUACACGGACAAGGAGAGGGAGGGCUUCAGUAAGCUGCUUGAGGAGGGCUUCCUGGACUCGUUCCGCGUCCUCUACCCCAACGCCCGCGACUGCUGGUCCUUCUGGACCUACAUGAUGAACGCCCGUGCCAAAAAUAUCGGCUGGCGGCUGGAUUACUUUGUGAUCUCCAAGAGACUCCAGAAGGACCUGUGUGACAGCAUUAUCCAACAGAAGGUCAUGGGUAGCGACCACUGUCCAAUCAUGUUACUGAUGGCGGGGCUCAAGUAAGGAGGCACUCCACAGGGGCACCAGGAGGGGAAACUAUCUCACAUCAGAAGGAUAAAGAAUACUUGGUCUGGUUUUCUUGAUGGAAACAAUGCAUCAGUAUUACAAUCUGUUACAUUAUGUAAUGUAAUGCUUUUUUAGAUAUUUUGUGUUGUAAGUGACUCAUUCAUUUAGGAAACCCUUAAAAAAUGUCGUAUGUGUACCAUACUUGAAGUACAAAUAGCUGGUAUGUUGUACGAAAAAAAAAUUAAAGACAAACUUGUAGAUCUUUAUUUAGGUACAUGUACUUUGGUUGUUGUAGAAAACAUUUGUUGCUCACCAUAUUAAGUACCUUAAAUGCUUGUUUUACUUAAUCUAGAAUGCAAUAUUUGAUAUGUUGUAUCUGAGUAUAUGUAGGUUUGGUUUACACAUGGUGUGUUGUAGAAUGUUGUAUCUUGUCACAUGUGUUCACAUGAUCCACUUUUUUGCCUACUUUUGUAGCUUUGCUUGACUCGUAAUGUUUCUUCAUAAUAGCAUACACUCAUACUGUGCAACCAUGUUCUACAUUUGGUCCUCUGUCAGAUUAGUAGUUUUCUCAUGAUUAGGUUAUUUCAUGAGAAAAAUCAUUUCAUUUAGAAGGCUUGAUGGUCAACAGAAUUGAAGAUCAGAUCUACCUUAAAUGUUAUUCAUGAUUUGUUAAGC